CGCAAAUGACAGAAUUGUUUGACAGUAGUUUGUUAUUGUUUGUUUUGUUUCUUGUAAUAUUAGAAAAUGUUCUAAAUGGUUGACUAUAUUGCAUUUUUUGUAUACUUCAAGUGAUUUUCAAGACAUUGUAACAUGGUUACUUGCGCUAUUACCAGUUGUAAGAAUACUUCAGCGAAAAUAUCGAAGAAUACUCAUGGAAUUACUUUUCACAGGUUUCCCAAAGACAAGGGCAGACGUCGCCAAUGGGAGGUAGCAGUUAAUAGAGAGGAACAGUGGACAUCCACCGCAUCCAGUGCGGUAUGCUCCGAACACUUUGAAGCAUCAGACUUCUACUUGACAGAGAGAGGGCUAAGAAAGCUUUCUUGCGAUGCUGUACCAAGUAUUAAUAUUUCUGCAUGUCAACCAGUAGAACCAACAAUAGCAGACCUAGAACCAGUAGACAUCCACCCAAAUGAUACUGAAGAGGUAAUAAACCUGAAAUACAAAGUCCGAAGACUUGAAGUCUUAGCUGAGAGUCGACGAAGGAAAGUCCAGGUGUUGUGGCAGACCAAGAGGAGGUUACGAAUAAGACUAGCCAGAAUGAAAAUAAUUCUUAAACACCUUAUAAGUGCAAAAAAGGACAAAGUGACGGAAAUGUAAGGGCUUUGACAAUCGAGACAAAUUCACCUAACGAGAAAAGGUA